GGACAGCCGCCGGGCAGCGGGUCGCCCGUGGGCCCCAUGCUCUGCUUGGCCCCGGCGCCCUGCGCCUGAGAGCCCCCCCACUGCGCCAGAGACCCCCGCCAUGGCCAGCAACAGCAGCUCCUGCCCCACGCCCGGAGGGGGGCACCUCAACGGCUACCCCGUGCCCCCCUACGCCUUCUUCUUCCCCCACAUGCUGGGGGGGCUCUCUCCGCCCAGCACGCUGGCCGGCAUCCAGCACCAGCUGCCCGUCAGCGGAUACAGCACCCCCUCGCCCGCCACCGUCGAGACGCAGAGCACCAGCUCAGAGGAGAUCGUGCCCAGCCCGCCCUCGCCCCCGCCCCUGCCCCGCAUCUACAAGCCCUGCUUCGUCUGCCAGGACAAGUCCUCGGGCUACCACUACGGGGUGAGCGCCUGCGAGGGCUGCAAGGGCUUCUUCCGCCGCAGCAUCCAGAAGAACAUGGUGUACACGUGCCACCGGGACAAGAACUGCAUCAUCAACAAGGUGACGCGCAACCGGUGCCAGUACUGCCGCCUCCAGAAGUGCUUCGAAGUCGGCAUGUCCAAGGAGUCCGUCCGCAAUGACCGGAACAAGAAGAAGAAGGACGUGCCCAAGCCGGAGUGCUCGGAGAGCUACAUCAUCACGCCCGAGGUGGAAGAGCUCAUCGAGAAGGUGCGCAAAGCCCACCAGGAGACCUUCCCCGCCCUCUGCCAGCUCGGCAAAUACACUACGAACAACAGCUCGGAGCAGCGGGUCUCCCUGGACAUCGACCUGUGGGACAAGUUCAGCGAGCUGUCCACCAAGUGCAUCAUCAAGACGGUGGAGUUUGCCAAGCAGCUCCCCGGCUUCACCACGCUCACCAUCGCCGACCAGAUCACCCUCCUCAAAGCCGCCUGCCUCGAUAUCCUGAUCCUGCGGAUCUGCACGCGCUACACGCCGGAGCAGGACACCAUGACCUUCUCGGACGGGCUGACGCUGAACCGCACGCAGAUGCACAACGCCGGCUUCGGGCCCCUCACCGACCUGGUCUUCGCCUUCGCCAACCAGCUGCUGCCGCUGGAGAUGGACGACGCCGAGACGGGGCUGCUCAGUGCCAUCUGCCUCAUCUGCGGAGACCGCCAGGACCUGGAGCAGCCCGACAAAGUGGACAAGCUGCAGGAGCCGCUGCUGGAGGCGCUGAAGAUCUACGUGAGGAAGAGGAGGCCCAACAGGCCCCACAUGUUCCCCAAGAUGCUCAUGAAGAUCACGGAUCUCCGCAGCAUCAGCGCCAAGGGCGCCGAGCGGGUGAUCACGCUGAAGAUGGAGAUCCCGGGGUCGAUGCCGCCCCUCAUCCAGGAGAUGCUGGAGAACUCGGAGGGCAUGGACACGCUGGCGGGGCAGCCGGGCGGCCCCCGCGCAGGCAGCCUGGCCCCCCCGGGCAGCUGCAGCCCCAGCCUCUCGCCCAGCUCCAACCGCAGCAGCCCGGCCACGCACUCGCCGUGACCCAUGCCCGGCGUGCACCAGGACAGAGCCCGGCACGCCGGCACGCGGGGC